AUGACGCAAACCACACAGGAAAUUAAUUACACAUGUGACUAUACGAGGAGGGUAUUCACGAUAGCAGUGGACAUUGGUGGUUCUCUGGCGAAGGUCGUUUACUCGCCAGUGGACAGCAACAGGAUACUGUUCCACACUGUGGAGACCGAGAAUAUUGACAACUUCAUACAAUUGUUACACUCCAUAAUCGAAAAGCAUAGCAGUGGUCAUGUCGACACCACACAGUUGAUCGCUACAGGUGGUGGUGCCUUCAAAUUCCAUUCCAGAAUGCAACAAGAGUUCCACAAUGUCAUCAACGGUGACAUUAUCCAGCUGGAUGAAAUGGGAUGCCUUAUAAAGGGUCUUGAUUUCUUUCUGCGUAAAGUGGAGGACGAAAUAUUUACGUACAACGAUCAGGAUGGGGCACAGAUAGUAAGUAUCAAUCACGACGAUAGAAGCAUAUACCCGUACAUGCUGGUCAAUAUUGGUUCCGGUGUCUCGAUAUUGAACGUGACGGAACCAAACAAGUUCACGAGAGUAGGUGGAUCUUCGCUAGGUGGAGGGACACUAUGGGGGCUUCUCUCGUUGAUCACCGGUGCAAAGACGUACGAUCAGAUGCUGACGUGGGCACAGCAUGGGGAUAAUACACAGGUAGAUAUGUUAGUCGGGGACAUAUACGGCACAGACUACAACAAGAUAGGCUUAAAAUCUUCCUCCAUAGCAAGCUCGUUUGGGAAAGUGUUCCAAAAUCGGAAGCUUUCUUUGGAAAACUCGCAUGAGACGGAUGAGAUACCGAGUUCUGAGUCAGUCGCAGAUCAAAAUACUGUGGUCACGUCCACCAAGGACAUUCAGCAGAGGAACAAGAAAUUCCAAAAUGAGGACAUCUGUAAAAGUUUACUAUAUGCGGUCUCGAAUAAUAUUGGACAAAUUGCAUACUUACAGGCAAAGAUUCAUAACGUAAAAAAAGUGUAUUUUGGUGGAUCAUACAUUAGAGGUCAUUUAACGACGAUGAAUACACUAAGUUAUGCCAUCAAUUUUUGGUCUGAUGGGUCCAAACAGGCAUUUUUCUUGAAGCACGAGGGAUACCUUGGGGCUGUCGGUGCAUUCUUAUCCGCAUUGGAGCUGUAA